CUUGCUCGCAUUAUCACUCGCAUCCAGGCCCAAUCCCGAGGCCUACUCAUGCGGAUUGAGUUCAAGAAGAUCGUUGAGCGCAGGGAUGCCUUGCUGGUGAUUCAGUGGAACAUCCGGGCCUUCAUGGGUGUGAAGAACUGGCCCUGGAUGAAGCUGUACUUCAAGAUCAAGCCGCUGCUGAAGUCAGCGGAGAACGAGAAGGAAAUGGCCAACCUGAAGGAGGAGUUCCUCAAGCUGAAGGAGGCGCUGGAGAAGUCCGAGAGCCGGCGGAAAGAGCUGGAAGAGAAGACGGUGUCUCUGCUGCAGGAGAAGAACGAUCUGCUCCUCCAGGUCCAGACGGAACAAGACAACCUCACCGACGCAGAAGAACGAUGUGACCAGCUGAUCAAGAACAAGAUCGGGCUGGAGGCCAAGGUGAAGGAGCUGACCGAGAGGCUGGACGACGAGGAGGAGAUGAGCGCCGAGCUGACGGCCAAGAAGCGGAAACUGGAGGACGAGUGCGCGGAACUGAAGAAGGACAUCGACGACCUGGAGCUGACCCUGGCCAAGGUGGAGAAGGAGAAGCACGCCACCGAGAACAAGGUGAAGAACCUGACGGAGGAGAUGGCCGGACUGGACGAGAUCAUCGCCAAGCUGACCAAGGAGAAGAAAGCUCUGCAGGAAUCCCACCAGCAAACCCUGGACGACCUUCAGGGAGAGGAGGACAAGGUCAACAGUCUGUCGAAGGCCAAAGCCAAACUGGAGCAGCAAGUGGACGACCUGGAAGGAUCCUUGGAGCAAGAGAAGAAGGUGAGAAUGGACUUGGAACGAGCCAAGAGGAAAUUGGAGGGAGACCUCAAACUGUCCCAGGAGAACGUCAUGGACCUGGAGAAUGACAAGCAACAGGUGGAGGAGAAACUGAAAAAGAAGGAGUUUGAAAUCAGCCAUCUCAACAGUAAGAUUGAGGAUGAGCAGGCCUUGAGUAUUCAACUGCAGAAGAAGCUCAAAGAACUCCAGGCACGGAUCGAGGAGCUGGAGGAGGAGCUGGAAGCUGAGCGUACGGCCCGGGCCAAGAUUGAGAAGCAACGCUCGGAGUUGUCCCGCGAGCUGGAGGAGAUCAGCGAGCGGCUGGAGGAGGCGGGCGGGGCCACCUCGGCCCAGCUGGAGAUGAACAAGAAGCGGGAGGCCGAGUUCCUGAAGCUGCGCCGCGACUUUGAGGAGGCGACCCUGCAGCACGAGGCCACCUCCUCCGCCAUGCGGAAGAAACACUCGGACUCGGCGGCAGAGCUGGGCGAGCAGAUCGACAACCUGCAGCGGGUCAAGCAGAAGCUGGAGAAGGAGAAGAGCGAGCUCAAGCUGGAGCUGGACGAUGUGUCCUCCAGCAUGGAGCAGGUCAUCAAGGUGAAGGUGAACCUAGAGAAGACUUGCCGGACUCUGGAGGACCAGAUGAACGACUACCGGACUCGAUCCGAGGAGGGCCAGAGGGCCAUCAACGACUUCACCACCAACAAGGCCAAACUCCAGACUGAAAAUGGCGAGCUGGUCAGGCAGUUGGAGGAGAAGGAGGCGCUGAUCUCCCAGUUGACCCGAGGGAAACUCUCCUACACGCAGCAGAUCGACGACCUCAAGAGGCAGCUGGAGGAGGAAGUGAAGGCCAAGAAUGCCCUGGCCCACAGUCUGCAGUCAGCUCGCCAUGACUCUGACCUCCUCCGUGAGCAGUACGAGGAGGAGCAGGAAGCCAAGGGUGAGUUGCAGCGCACCCUCUCCAAGGCCAACUCCGAGGUGGCUGGAUGGAGGACCAAGUACGAGACCGACGCCAUCCAACGCACUGAGGAGCUGGAGGAGGCCAAGAAGAAGCUGGCACAGCGGCUGCAGGAGGCAGAGGAGCAAGUGGAAGCAGUGAACGCCAAGUGCUCCUCGCUGGAGAAGACCAAACACCGGCUCCAGAACGAGAUCGAGGACCUGAUGAUCGAUGUGGAGAGGUCGAACGCGGCUGCAGCUGUGCUGGACAAGAAGCAGCGCAACUUUGACAAGGUUCUCUCAGACUGGAAACAGAAAUACGAGGAGUCACAGAGUGAGUUGGAGGCGGCUCAGAAAGACACUCGCUCACUCAGCACGGAGCUUUUCAAGCUAAAGAAUGCUUAUGAGGAAUCCCUCGACCAACUCGAGACCCUCAAGAGGGAGAACAAGAUCCUCCAAGAGGAGAUUUCCGACUUAACAGAGCAGCUAGCAGAAGGUGGGAAGAGCAUCCAUGAGCUGGAAAAGGCCAGAAAACAGCUGGAACAGGAGAAGCAGGAUCUACAGACGGCUCUGGAGGAGGCUGAGGCUACCCUAGAGCACGAGGAGGGUAAGAUUUUGAGGGCGCAGUUGGAGUACAGCCAGAUCAAGGCCGAGAUGGAGCGGAAGUUGGCAGAGAAGGAUGAAGAGAUGGAGCAGUGCAAGCGGAACCAGCAGCGGGUAGUGGACUCGCUCCAGACCUCCCUCGAGUCCGAGACCCGGAGCCGAAACGAGGCACUGAGGGUCAAGAAGAAGAUGGAGGGUGACCUGAACGAGAUGGAGGUGCAGCUGAACUUGGCCAAUCGGCAGGCGAGCGAGGCCCACCGACUCUUAAAGACCCUCCAGGGCAACCUGAAGGACACGCAACUGCAGCUGGAUGAUGCCCUCAGGGGCAACGAUGACCUGAAAGAGAACAUCGCCAUCGUAGAGAGGCGGAACAACCUCCUGCAGUCCGAGCUGGAGGAGCUGAGGGCAGUCAUCGACCAGACGGAGCGUGCUCGGAAGCUGGCUGAGACAGAGCUGAUCGAGAGCACUGAGCGGGUCCAACUCCUCCACUCCCAGAACACCAGCCUCAUCAACCAGAAAAAGAAACUGGAGAGCGACACCAACCAGCUCCAAUCGGAGGUGGAAGACACCAUUCAGGAGUGUCGGAACGCGGAGGAGAAAGCCAAGAAAGCCAUCACUGACGCGGCAAUGAUGGCGGAGGAACUCAAGAAGGAGCAGGACACCAGCGCGCACCUGGAGAGAAUGAAAAAGAACAUGGAGCAGACCAUCAAGGACCUGCAGCUCCGGCUGAACGAGGCUGAGCAGAUCGCCAUGAAGGGCGGCAAGAAACAGAUCCAGAAACUGGAGGCCAGGGUUCGGGACUUGGAGAACGAACUGGAAGCAGAGCAGCGGCGAUGCACUGAGGCCGUGAAGGGAGCUCGCAAGUACGAGAGGAGGAUCAAGGAGCUGACCUACCAGACGGAGGAAGACAGAAAGAACAACCUGCACCUCCAGGACCUGGUCGAUAAGCUCCAGUUGAAAGUCAAAGCUUACAAGAGGUCAUCUGAAGAGGCGGAGGAACAGUCCAACGCCAACCUGGUGAAGUUCCGCAAACUACAGCAUGAACUGGACGAGGCAGAGGAGAGAGCAGACAUCGCAGAGAGUCAGGUCAACAAACUGAGAACCAAGACCAGGGAGGUGUCCACCAAGAAGCUCUUGGCUGAGGAAUGAAUUCCUAUCCGUGGGUGACUGAACGCUGAUUGACUGGAACAUUCUCUGUAUAAUUUCUUGCUGAUUAAAGUCUAUUUGCAGUGAAA